CAAGCAGCCGCACACUUCCUCAAAAAAAACAGUGCAGCAGCAUGAAACCUGGCGAUCGCUCCUCUGCUGGACAUUUAUUGACCCACCUUUGAAACUUCACUUGAGAUAAUAUUUAACAGCAAAGCCCCAGAGUGUCGCAUAACUUUAGUGUUCUCCGCGCUUGUGGCCGACUGGAUCGAUGGAGUGGUGAUUUGGAUUGGAUAUUGGUUUUUAACGCAUCACAUAAGUGCAGGAAGAAAUGGUUUCCAUCGCCAAGGUGCUCCUCGGAGUUUUUGGAGCAGCGGUCGUCGUCAUUCUGAUAGCGGUACCCACGGCUAUAUAUUUAAAAGAGGAUCAGGGGGGGAACAAGAAUCAAAGAUCCUUCACCCUGGAGGAUGUUUUCAACAGUUCGCUGAAACCAAAGUCCUACAGCAUGAGGUGGAUCUCAGAUCAUGAGUAUCUCCAUAAGGCCCAAGGCUCGGUCUACCUCCACAACGUGCUCACAGGAAACGCCACAGAGUUCUUGAGCCGGGACAAGUUCAAUGAAAAAAACGCUUAUGAUUACCAGCUGUCUGCUGACCGCAGAUACGUCGCUUUCAUGAGCAACCAUUCCAAGCUGUGGAGGCAUUCAUUUACAGCUUCAUAUUCCCUGUAUGACCUGGAAUUAGACAAAUUCCUCACACCCUCUGACAUGCCAGAUGAAGUCCAGUACUUUGCCUGGGCUCCCCAAGGGAACAAACUGGCUUUUGUUUGGAAAAAUAAUGUGUAUAUAAAGACCAGACCCGAGGCCCCAACACUGCAAGUCACGUUCAAUGGAGAGGAGAAUCAGAUUUUAAAUGGGAUCCCAGACUGGGUGUAUGAGGAGGAGAUGUUCUCGUCCAAUCAGGGCCUCUGGUGGUCACCUGGAGGGAAGCACAUGGCAUACGUUGAGUUCAACGACACAGAGGUCCACACGAUAGAGUACUCCUGGUACGGCGAGAACCAGUACCCCAGCACUGUUUCCAUUCCAUACCCAAAGCCAGGUACUCCUAACCCUGUCGUGAAGCUGUUCGUUGUGGACACUGACAACACCACAAAAAUUACCCAGGUGCUUGUUCCAGCCUCUUUCAGCUCCAGCGAGCACUACUUGGCCUCUGUUACUUGGGUGACAGAUGAGCGUAUUGCUGUCCAAUGGCUGAAGAGAGUACAAAACCAGCUCAUCCUUCAAAUCUACAGCCUUAGUGGAUCCAGUUGGAAUCCUGCUGAGGAUCUGAACGUGAUCAGCACCACAGGCUGGAUUGGACGGUUCUCUCCACCAGAACCUGUUUUUGCUGCAGACAAGAACAGUUAUUACCUGCUGAUGAGUGACUCCAAAGGGUACAAGCACAUCCAUCAUGUCGUUGGGGGAACAGCUACACCAGUCACAUCUGGAGAAUGGGAAGUCGUUGACAUCCUGAAAGUCACUGCAGAUAGUGUAUAUUAUUCAAGUAACCAGGAGGGAGGCAAACCAGGAGGAAGGAACGUUUACAAGUGGACCAAAGAAGCGACCACGUGCCUGACUUGUGCGUUACACGGGGAAGAAUGUCAAUAUAACUCAGCUUACUUCAGCCACAAUGCCUCCUUCUACCGAAUGAGCUGCAGUGGUCCGGGCGUUCCUUUCCAUUCUCUCAUGAAUAACACGAAUAAUAAAGAGCUGAAACCUUUGGAGGACAAUAAAGCAUUUAGCAACCUUAUAUCUAACAUCCACAUGCCCACCAUGUACCGUGACAGCAUCACACUUGGCGGAUACAAUCUCUGGUUCCAGAUGUUUUUGCCUCCAGGCUUUGAUAAAUCCAAGAAGUACCCUUUGCUGAUAGAUGUGUACGCAGGUCCCUGCAGUCAGAAAGCAGACUUCAUCUACAGGGUGAGCUGGUCCACUUACCUGGCCAGCACGGAGAAAAUCAUCGUAGCCAGCUUUGAUGGAAGAGGAAGCGGUUACCAGGGCGACAAGUUAAUGCAUGAAAUCUACAAACGUCUGGGAACCUAUGAGGUGGAAGAUCAGAUAACAGCAGCCAAGGAAUUCAUCAAAAUGGGCUUCAUUGACAAAGACAGAGUUGCUAUUUGGGGCUGGUCUUACGGAGGAUACGUAACGUCAAUGGCCCUGGGAGCCGGCAGUGGAGUUUUCAAAUGUGGGAUGGCUGUGGCUCCGGUUUCCAAAUGGGAAUAUUAUGAUUCCAUCUACACGGAGCGUUACAUGAUGGAGCCGUCACAGAAUCUUGACGCCUACAUUAACUCUACAGUAACUGCCAGGGCCUCGAAUUUCCAUUCAGUGCAGUAUCUUCUGGUGCAUGGAACAGCUGAUGACAACGUUCAUUUCCAGCAGGCGGCUGAGAUCUCAGAGGCUCUGGUGGAGGAGCAGGUGGACUUUGAAGCAAUGUGGUACACGGACAAGGAUCACGGGCUCGGCGGCUCGGCCUAUCAACACGUCUACACCCACAUGAGUCACUUCCUGCGGAGGUGCUUUGCUUGAAAUCCACUGGAUCAUCAACAUCUUUUUUUUUUUUCUUUUAAUAUCUCUUGUAAAUUAAAAAAAAAAAAUUCCAGAUGUCGAGGAAAAAAGUUAAAGUAAAAAAAAACUCAUUUUGAGCAGGAAGCUGAAAAGUACAAAGUCAUCAUGUCAAAGUCAAAAAGCAGGAAGAGCACAGAUAAAAUACUGUGAAGGCUGAUGAGUGAAACUGCAUCUGAGGGCUUUUAUAGUACUGUAUUAAACGAUGCACUUAGUGAUUUUAUACACUUUUACUAAAUUUGGGAGACUGUAGACUAUUUAAUGUCAUUUUUUUUUCUUUCUAAAAUAAUAAAGAACAAUGUAAACUCUUUCUGUUUGAAAUAUGUCUUUGCCUAGAAAUUAUAUGAGAGGCUUUAUUUCAUAAAUAAAUGGAUUCUUAAGGGGUCUGUGUAUUUAACAGUCAGUUGGAUCGCACAGCAAAAUUAUACCCUGAGCAGAGCCGACUCAGCGCUGUGUUGUCCUAAAACCUUACCGGAAUUUGUCCAAAAUAUUUUAAUAUAUUAAAAAAAAAAAAAAAAAAAAAA